ACAACAUAGGAGAAUCGUGCUUGGUCGUCCAAGAGGAUUUACUUUGUGGUACCAUCACAUUUUACCGACAAAAAACAUCUUUGACACAUUUUCUUUCACACUUCUUUUGGAGGCCCUGCUCUUGCAAUUGAUUUAGGCCCGCUUCUCCAAAGUGAAGUUCUCUCUAUGAGAUCCCAGUUCUCCGCGCGCAAUAGCACUUGAUCUCGGCGGGAGGAAACGGACGACAGGAAAAUGGCCAUCCACGCCGCAGGUCUAGUGGCUAUCGUGAUCUUUUACCUCCUGAUUCUGUUCGUGGGGAUCUGGGCCGCCUGGAAGAACAAGAACUCCGGUGUUGGCGUAGACCGGAGCGAGAGCAUCAUGGUCGGGGGGAGGGACAUCGGAUUGUUCGUUGGUGGAUUCACAAUGACGGCUACUUGGGUGGGUGGGGGCUACAUCAAUGGGACAGCAGAGUAUGUCUACCUGCCAAACUUUGGCCUGGCUUGGGCACAGGCACCCUUUGGUUAUGCUCUCAGCCUGGUAGUAGGUGGCCUGUUCUUUGCCAAGCCAAUGCGUUCACGUGGCUACGUCACCAUGCUGGAUCCCUUCCAGCAGCUGUAUGGGAAAAGGAUGGGCGGCUUGCUCUUCAUCCCCGCGCUCAUGGGGGAAAUCUUCUGGUCUGCCGCCAUUUUAUCUGCCCUUGGUGCCACUCUCAGUGUGAUUGUGGACAUAAACAUCAACAUGUCCGUGGUGAUCUCAGCCCUGAUAGCUAUCUUCUACACACUUGUUGGAGGACUCUAUUCUGUUGCAUACACAGAUGUGGUUCAGCUCUUCUGUAUCUUUUUGGGCUUGUGGAUCAGCGUGCCUUUUGCCAUGUCCAAUCCUGCUGUGUCGGAUAUCACUGUUUCGGCCAAGGAAGUAAUCUACCAGUCACCCUGGCUGGGGAAGAUUGACUCUGAAGACAAAUGGCUCUGGGCGGACAACUUCUGCUUGCUGAUGUUGGGGGGGAUUCCCUGGCAGGUCUAUUUUCAACGGGUUCUUUCUGCCUCUUCAGCUACCUAUGCCCAGGUCCUUUCCUUCCUCGCUGCCUUCGGCUGCUUGGUCAUGGCCGUCCCUUCUGUCCUCAUAGGAGCUAUAGGGGCCUCCACUGACUGGAACCAGACUACUUAUGGGUCCAUCGCUCCGAAGGAUAAGGACGAAUCAGACAUGAUCCUUCCCAUAGUGCUUCAGCACCUCUGCCCGCCCUACAUCUCCUUCUUUGGUCUGGGGGCGGUGUCUGCUGCAGUCAUGUCAUCAGCUGACUCAUCCAUUCUCUCAGCUAGCUCUAUGUUUGCCAGGAACAUCUAUCAGCUCGCCUUUCGACAGUCGGCCUCAGAUAAUGAGAUUGUGUGGGUGAUGCGCCUCACCAUCUUUGUAUUCGGAGCUCUUGCCACUGCUAUGGCAUUAUUAACAGGAUCAGUGUAUGGCCUGUGGUACUUGAGCUCCGACUUGGUCUAUGUCAUCAUCUUUCCCCAACUUCUCAGUGUGUUAUUCAUCAAGGGCACCAACACCUAUGGCUCUGUGGCUGCCUAUAUCUUUGGUCUUGUGCUACGCAUUGGUGGAGGAGAGCCCUACCUCAAACUUCCUCCCUUCAUCUACUACCCCGGUUGGGUGAACCAGGAGAGGAUCCACCACCUCACUGGGGAUGUAGAGCACUUUGUCCAGCAGAGGUUCCCAUUCAAGUCUGUGUCCAUGGUGGCAUCCUUCUUGGCAAAUAUGGCCUUUUCUUACCUGACAAAGUACCUAUUUGAAAGUGGUAUGUUGUCACACAAGUAUGACUUCCUGGAUGCUGUGGUGUCCAAGCAUAGCAAGGAGAUCAUGGACAAAGCCACGCUGGUGAGCAACCAUGAUAACAUCAUUCUUUCAGAAAUGGCACCUGUCAAGCAGGCCCUGGGUGAGUCACUCGCUGGGACAUUCACCAACACGGAGAUCCUCAGUGAUGAUGGAGUGUCCAGUCCAGAGGCUUUUCUCAAUGAAAACUAGACAACAAAGGCACAAAGUCAACUAGAACCAAGGAAUUUGAAGAAGAAGGAAUAAUCAAGAGGCAUCGACAUUCUUCAGGAAACUUGCUACUGCCGCACUGGAAGCCAAAUCAACAGAAAUCUGCUGUGGCUUCUGAGUGACUCCACAAGUUUGUUUUAUGCUGAUGACAUGGUGCCUCCUUCUUUUUUAAGAUUCCUUGCCAGGAACCAGGAAGGUGACUGUCAAUCAGCUGUGUCAAGCAUACCAUACUCAUUGUUUUUUUUAUCAUGACUAUGAAUCUACAACCAGUUUAAUUUAAGUGCUGCUACAGUGGUUGAAGGAACUUUCAAGGGAAAACAGUGAGAGACUGCAGUGGACAAACCGUACGUGACAACGUCUACAAGGGUUUGCUGUGGCUAAUGAGAAUCGUGCAAUAUCUAAUCAUGGAAUUGUGUCCACGUCUACAUAGUAGUAAGUGUGUAUGUGUGUGUGUGUGCGUGUGUGUGUGUGUGUGUUGAUGUAUAUGUGUACACCUAACAACCAGUAAAUUCUCGAGAAACUUUAAGAUUUGAGUUUGCAUAAGUACAUUUAUUAA